UAUGGGCCACAUGCAAAACCGAGCGAUUUUAAAAAAAAAAAAUAGAGAAUUUGACCGUUUUCCUCACUUUUUGCAGCAAAACCGUCAUGGCCGCCGGGCUGGGCCGGCGUAAAGCGGCUUCGCUGUCGCACAUUGGGGGCGUCGUGAUUUGGGCCAUCUUCUCCUGCCUGGGGGUCUCGGCGUCGCCCCCGCGCCACCUCGGCGAGAACUUCGUCGCCGCCUUCAUGCAGAACGAGCUCCAGCGGAGCCUCCAGAGCGACUUCAAGCUGCUCCUCACCGCCCGCUCACCCGGCACCUCCGUCACCGUAUCCAUGAAGACACCGGGGCUACGCAUGACGGUGCGUACGGGCGCGGGGCAGCCGGUGCUGGUGAAGAUCCCCCCGCAGGCCGAGAUGGUGGGCAGCAAACCCUUUGGCAACGCCGUGGCCGUCAGGGCGUCCGGCGCCGUGGCGGCCGUCAUGGUCAACGAGAAGCGCGACUCGGCCGACGCGGCAGCGCUGCACCCCGUCCGCGCUUGGGGCACCGAGUACCGCGUGGUGACGCCCAACGUGGGCACCGAGCGCUACGGCCAGUUCGCCGUGGUGGCGUGGGACGAGCCCACCGAGGUCGAGGUUCAUCUCAAGGCCGCCGUCACCUUCCAAGGCCGCUCGUACCCGCGCGGCGCCGUCCUGCGCAUCCCGUUGGAGCCAUUCGAAGCCGCCCAACUCCAAAGCCCGGCCGAUAUGUCCGGCACGAAGGUGGUGGCGGAUAAACCCGUGGCCGUCUUCACCGGCCACACCUGCCUGGCGCGAUUUGGCCAUUGCGACCACUUGGUCGAGCAGCUCUUGCCCGUGUCCGCGUGGGGCAAGACCUUCAUCGUGCCGCCGUUGCCCUUCGAGACGCAGUCGGACAUCGUCUACGUCUCCACCGCCCAACCCGCGCACGUUGAGUCCCAACACGGCGCCGCCAAGACGGCGCGCAAGCUCCGGCCCAACCGCUCCACGCUCUACGGCCUCCAGGCCUCCAAUGCAUUGACCCUCAACGCCGACGCCGGCGUCCAGGUUGUUUUCUUUGCCGACGGGGGGAAUAAAGGCGCCGUGUCCUACGACCCGUUCUUCAUGAGCAUCCCGGACGUCUCCAGCUACUGCGACUCCUACAGCGUCGUCGCGCUGGACGGUUACGACAACUACGCUAUGUUGGUGGCCAAGAGCUCGGAGACGUCGGGGUUGACGUUGGACAAGAAGCCCUUGGGUGACGUGGAGUGGAAACCCGUCCCCGGCACCGGUUACUCGUGGGCCGGCUUGAGUUUGGGUGACAAAUUCGGCGUCCGGAAGGUGGAGCACCAAACGGCGCCGUUCGGGCUCCUCGGCGUGGGCGUCCGCAAUGGGAAGUCCUAUGGCAUGGCGGGGCUUUGUGACAGCGAUCCCUGCAGGGCCGUGAAGUGUCGUCCCAAGGAGUCGUGCAAGAUGGAGAACGUGGAGCCCAAGUGCGUCCACGACUACAUGGGCACCUGCAUGGGGUCCCCGCGCUUCCACACCUUCGACGGCGCCGCCGUGGACGUCGUCGGCAGGUGCGCCUACACCAUGGCCAAAUACUGCGGCGACGACCCGGCCCUGGUGCCAUUUGUGGUGGAGGAGAAGCCGGGAGAAGGAUCUUUGGAAGAGGCGUUGGCCAACGUCUACGUCUACGGCUUCAACGUCUCCAUCCGCAAUGGGGAUGGUGGUGAGAUCCAGGUGAACGGGGACCCCGUGGCGCUCCCGGUGGCUCUGGCCGGCGAGAGGAUCCGGGUGUCGCGCGCCGAGGGCCGCACGACGCUGCAGGCGGAUUUCGGGCUGCAGGUGACGCGCGACGCCGACGGCGCCGUCAUGGUGGCCGUGCCCAGCAGCUACUUCGGGGCCACCUGCGGGCUCUGUGGCAACUUCAACGAGGACGCCGAGGACGAGAUGAGGAGGCCCGAUGGGUCCGUGGCCGCCGGGCCCGAGGAUUGGGCCGAGAGUUGGCGCGACCCGGCGUGCCGGGAUGGAUGUGAUGGGCGAAAGGAGAGGGGAUGCGAUGAAAAAUGCCCCCAAUCCAACCAAUUAGAGACCUGCGGGUCAACCCCCACCUCCCGGUGCACCCACAACAACCGCACGUACACCCCUGGGGAGGAGUUUUGGGGUGACACCAGCUGCCGGCGCCGCUGCCGCUGCGAGUCGGGGGGCGCGGUGACCUGCCGGCCAUCGGGGUGCAGGGGACACGAGAAAUGCGUCAUGACCGACGGCGUCGCCGAGUGCCGGGCGUCCAAGAUCUUGACGUGCAUCGGCACGGGCGACCCGCACUACACCACCUUCGACGGGCGGCGCUACGACUUCCAGGGCACCUGCGUUUACCAAUUCGCCGCCCUCUGCGCCCAAAACGGGACCCUCGUCCCCUUCAACGUCACCGUGGAGAACAACAACCGCGGCAGCAAGGCCGUGUCCUUCACCAAAACCGUCACCUUGCAGAUUUACGGCGACACCAUCACCAUGAGCCAAGAGCACCCGGGGAAGGUCAAGGUCAACGGGGAGCUCCUUGACUUCCCCUUCUCGCGCCGCGGCUUCUUCGACCUUUACCGCAGCGGCGUCCACGGCUUCGCGCGCGCCGCUUCGGGGCUGCGCGUCUCCUUCGACUGGCACAGCUACGCGCGGGUGCUGCUCCCUGCCGACUACGCCACCCAUGUCUGCGGCCUCUGCGGCGACGCCGACGGCGACCCCGAAAACGACUUCGCCAUGCCCGACGGCCGCCGCGCCGGCGAUGAGGUUGAGUUGGGCGACAGCUGGACGGUCGCUGCCCCCAUUGGCUGCUCGGCCGGGGUGGGGUCGCCGGGGUGCGACGAAGAGCAGAAGCGGCUGUACCGCGGGGAUGGGUUUUGCGGGGUGAUCGCCGACCCCAAGGGGCCGUUCCGGGGGUGUCACGGCAUCCUGGAGCCGGCGCCGUUCGUGGGCGAUUGCGCCUUCGACGCGUGUCAGUACCGCGGGCACCGUGACACGCUGUGCCGCGCCAUCGCCGUCUACGCCGCCGAGUGCCAGAGCCUGGGCGGGAAGGUGGAGGCAUGGAGGACCAAGGAUUUCUGCGGCCCCUCAUGUCCCCCCAACUCCCACUACGAGCUCUGCGGCCCCGCCUGCCCGGCCACCUGCGGCGUCCCCAACGUCACCAACGCCAUCCCUGCCGACGACGCCGUCCCUGCCGACGACGCCGUCCCCAUCGCCCCCAACGCCUGCGCAUCCACCGGCUGCUCCGAGGGCUGUUUCUGCGACGCCGGCUUCGCCCUGAGCGGCACCGCCUGCGUCCCCGCGUCCCAAUGCGGCUGUUGGCACCGCCGCCGCUACCACCGCCCCGGCGCCGACUUCCAGGCCUCGUGCACCCUCCGCUGCCGCUGCGAGCCCGGCGGCGCCGUGCGGUGCCGGGACGCGCCGUGCGAGCCGCACGAGGAGUGCGCGGUGCGCGACGGCGCCUUCGGCUGCCACCCCCGCGCCCGCGGCCGCCUGGUGGUGUCCGGCGACCCGCACUACGUGACGUUCGACGGUAGGGCCUUCGACGUGCCGGGGGAGUGCGGUUACGUGCUGGCGCAGCUGUGCACGCCGCGCGGGGGGCUGAGGAACUUCACGGUGGUGCUGGAGCAGCGGGCGGCGCCGGGACGCGCCGCACUCGUCGCCAGGGUCACGGUGGAGGCCGACGGGACAAGGGUCGAGGUGGACGGGGCGGCACCGGGAGAGGUGACGGUGGACGGCGAGCGGGCUCCGCUCCCGUUGGCGACGCCGUCGGGGACGCUGCGGGUGACGCGCGAGGGCGCCCACGUGUCGCUGUGGAGCGCGUGGGGCCCUCGCCUUCUCUUCACCCCCGGCGCCUUCCUGCUGCUGGACGUGCCCGGCGGCUACCGCGGCCACCUCUGCGGGCUGGGCGGCAACUUCAACGGCGACCCCGACGACGACCUCCAGCUGCCCGGCGGCGCCGCGGCGCCGAGCCUGCGGGACUUCGUGGCGGCGUGGGCGGUGCCGCCCGGCUCCUGCGAUGGCGGCGGCGGCGGCGGCGGCGGCUGCGGCGACGAGGAGGCGGCCAUGGAGGCGUGCGGGGUGAUCCGGGACCCCCGAGGGCCGUUCGGGACGUGUCACCCGCACGUGGGACCCCAGGAAUAUUGGGGGCGAUGCGUCCGUGAUGUAUGCGGAGCCGGGGGCGACGAGGAGGCGCUGUGUAGGGCUAUUGGGGCGUACGCGGCCGCUUGCCAGGCCGGGGGAGGACGGAUCGAGGAGUGGAGGACGGAGGCGUUCUGCCCGCUUUCCUGCCCGGCGCGCAGUCACUACGCGCUGUGCGCCCGCGGCUGCGAGCAGGCCUGCGCCGCGCUGACGGCGCCGGUGCCGUGCGCCUGGCGCUGCCUCGAGGGCUGCGAGUGCGACGACGGCUUCCUGUGGGACGGGGACGCCUGCGUGCCCAUGGAGAAGUGCGGUUGUGUCCACCAAGGGAGGUACAUCAAGUUGGGCGAAACCGUCAUCUCCAACAACUGCUCCACCAAAUGCAACUGCCACCCAUCCCAUGGCCUCAUCUGCGAGGCCACCAAGUGUCCCCAAGGCCAGGUCUGCGCCACGCGGGACGGGGCCCAACGCUGCGUCGAGAGCCGCGGUCGGUGCCGUGUGUCCCCGGGGGCCUCCAUGACCACGUUCGACGGCGCCGGCGGGCGCCUCCCGGCCAGCGGCACCUACAAGAUGGCUGCCCUGUGCGACGAGCGCUCACCCGACUGGUUCAAGGUGGUGGUGGAGGUCAGCGAGUGCCGCGAUGACGCCGUCCCGGCCGCCGCCGCCGUCUUUGUCUUCUUCCGGGAAGCCUUCAUCACCGUCAACGGCAACAUGGAGGUGUGGGUCAACGGGCUCUUCACCCGCCCCCCGGCCGCCGUGUCCGACGCCAUUUCCCUGAGUGCCGCGGGCGGCAACGUCACCGUGUCCCACGCAGCCGGGGUGGCUGUGCUCUUCAGCCCCGCCGGGGAGGUGACGGUGACGGUCGGGGCCUCCUUGGCCAACCAGCUCUGCGCCCCUUGCGGCAACUUCAAUGGUGACGCCGGUGACGACUUGAAGCUCCCGGACGGCCGGGCCGCCAGGGACGUCGCCGAGGUCGUGGACGCCUGGAAGGCCAAGGAUUUCAUGGGAUGCGACUGACACACAAACUGGCCGCCGCGGCGCCGACCUCGCGCGGAUCCACGUGGACGCCCCCGUGUACCCCCCGACAUGACCCCGCCCACCCCCCCGAGGCUCCUCCCACCCGCCCAGCCACCAAUCAGCGCCUGGCCUCCGCUUCCCGCCCCCGCUGGGCCACAAAUUCCCGCCAAAUCGCCCCAAAACGAGGCUCGAAUCGGCGGGAAAAAGGGGAGAACGACCUCGAGGGUAAAAAUGCAUCAAAUCGACGCCGGCGGAGCAAAAUCCGGCUGAUUUCACCCCAAAACGCGCCCUUCCAAUAUGGCGCUCGGGGGUGGUAAUAAACCCUUUUUCUAGAGGUU